AUGGAUACCAAAGAUGAUGGUAUUUCUAGAUCCAUAGUAGAGGCUUCACCAGCUCAUUACAUAAUGAAAAUACAAUCAUUUUCACUCCUCACUAAAAAUUCUAUUGAGAGAUAUGAAUCCGGUAUAUUUGAAGCUGGAGGUCUUAAAUGGAAGUUAGUUUUGUACCCAAGUGGAAACAAGAGCAAGAAUGUAAAGGAUCAUAUUUCACUAUACUUAGUGUUGGAAGAAUCAAGCUCACUUUAUCCUGGUUGGGAAAUUUAUGUAAAUUUUAAGUUGUUUUUGUUUGAUCACAACAAUGACAACUACCUAGUUGUCCAAGAUGCUGCGAAAAAGGAAAGAAGAUAUCAUAGAAUGAAACUAGAAUGGGGUUUUGAUCAAUUUAUUCCUCUCAAGGAUUUCAAUCUUGGCUCUAAAGGUUAUCUGGUAGAUGAUAUAUGUGCAUUUGGAGCAGAGGUCUUCAUUUGCAGGGAAAGAAACACGGGUAAAGGUGAAUCUUUGACAAUGAUGAAGGAUGCCUUGCCCUACAAGCAUGUCUGGGAGAUCAAGGACUUCUCAAAGUUGGAUUCAGAAUGUUGUGACUCUGAACCAUUCAAUGUUGGAAACUUCAAGUGGCAGAUAAAACUUUAUCCCAAAGGAAGAGGCAUUGAAUUGGGCAAACAUCUUGCUUUAUACCUAACUUUAGUUAACCCAACAGCCCUUUCACCAGGCUCCAAAAUAUAUACACAGAGUACGCUACGCAUAUUUGAUCAAAAGCAUGGCAAACAUCAAAUUGGGAAAGAUAUUAACUGGUUUAGUGCCUCAAGUCACGAACAUGGUUUUUUAAGAUUUCUUUUGAUAAGUAAUUUCAUCAGUCAAUACUCUGGGUUUCUGGUGAAGGACACUUGCUAUGUAGAUGUCGAGGUUACAGUUCUUGGAGUGGUUGAUGUCUUGUCCUGA